CACGCUAACACACAUCCUCCUCCUCCAUUCCUCCGGUAUACCCAUCGAUCACACGUACAAACAAGGCACGACUGCGUACGCACGCACACGGAAGGCUAACUGGUUAUGGGGCGCCACAGCAGCAGCAGCGGCAAGCCCGAGGCCGGCGGCGAGCAGCAGUACCGCAAGGAGGAGAAGCACCACAAGCACAUGGAGAAGCUGGCCAAGCUCGGCGCCGUCGCCGCCGGAGCAUACGCAAGGCACGAGAUGCACGAGGCGAGGAAGGACCCGGAGCACGCACGGUCGCACAAGAUCAAGGAGAAGAUCGCUAUCACGGUCGCUGCCGGCAGCGCGGGAUUCGCCAUCCACGAGCACCAAAAGAAGAAAGAGGCCAAGAAACACGCCCGUCAUGCACACCACCACUGAUACAUUCAUGGAUGCAUAUGCACACUCGUAGACCCUAGCUAGCUAUCUUGUAUAUAUAUGUAUGACCGGUUAAUUACAUUCGUUCAUUUCGUUGUCUUUGUUCCAUAUAUAGUACUGUAUUGCUGUUGUAUAUGUGUAUGAGUUUUGAUUCAUGUGAGGCCAUUGAUGUGGUUGUG